UCAGAAUUGACACCAUUUCUGCUUCAACCUCCAAUGCAUCAAAGAUCUCCACCUCCUCCCUAGUCCCUACCUUCAAACCCUUUCAUCCAACAGACAUUCUCUCCCAUUUCAUUACCAGUUUCAAUCUUCACAGAGAUAAUAAUAAUAAUAAUAAUAGUAACUCGUCUCUCUCUUGAAUGAUCUGCCAUAAGUUGAGCCAAUUCUUGAAUCUGAUUCUCUUUCAAAAAUCCCUUUUUUAUUCAUACAGUUGAUUGUGUUUAAUAGUACCCAGAAUUUUGUUUUGUAAGAUUUCAGUUCAGAGGCAAAGAUCUGGAUUAAACCCAUUUGCAGACAUAAAUCCCAAAAUUUUCCUUAGUUUCAUUCCAUGCCCCAAGAGUUGUAUAUAAGGGGGAGUAUCAAUCAAGAAAAUGGGGGUAGAGAAGAAAUGGCUAUAUGCACUCUUCUCUAUAGCCUUUGUAUCACUUCUAAUAUUCCUGUCCGGCAUUUCGGGCUUUAGAUCCUCAUACUAUGCAAUCCCCUCCCACGGGUCCUUUGCCUCCACCGCCGUGCACCGUGGGCCGGGAAAUCCCCCGGCCUUCGCCUACUACAUUACGGGCGGCGUGGGAGACGCCGACCAGAUGUUUAGGCUGUUGUUAGCUGUUUAUCAUCCUAGGAAUAGGUAUUUGUUGCACAUGGGAUCAGAGGGAAGUGAGAAGGAGAGGAAGAAGUUGGGGCUGCUUGUGGAGUCUGUGCCUGCAAUUAGGGCUUUUGGGAAUGUGGAUUUGAUUGGGAAGCCAGAUGCUGUGACUUAUAUGGGCUCAACUAACACUGCUGCACUUCUCAGGGGAGCUGCAAUUUUGUUGAAGAUGGAGAGUGGAUGGGACUGGUUUAUUACUCUUAGUGCUUUGGAUUACCCCCUGAUUACCCAAGAUGAUUUAUUUCAUGUCUUCUCAACUGUUAAGAGAGACCUAAAUUUUAUUGACCAUACCAGUGAUCUCGGAUGGAAAGAGGAUCAACGGGUCCGACCCAUAAUUGUUGAUCCAGGGAUUUACUUGACAAGGAAAACCCAAAUUUUUUAUGCCACUCAGAAAAGACCUAUGCCUGAUUCUUUCAAAGUUUUCACUGGAUCUCCAUGGGUUGUUUUAAGCCGUUCCUUUCUUGAGUUCUGUAUUUAUGGUUGGGAUAAUCUUCCUAGACAGCUUCUGAUGUAUUUUACUAAUUCCGUUCUGUCACAAGAAUUCUAUUUCCACUCUGUUAUUUGCAAUUCGCCCGAGUUCAAAAACACAACAGUUAAUGGUGACCUGAGAUAUUUUGUUUGGGAUAAUCCACCUAAGAUGGAGCCCCACUUCCUAAACGCCUCAGAUUAUGACGGCAUGGUUCAAAGCGGUGCUGCUUUUGCAAGGCAGUUCAAGAAAGAUGACCCGGCACUGGAUAUGAUUGACGAGCAUAUCCUCCAUCGCAGCCCUAACCAAGUCACUCCGGGUGCAUGGUGCACUGGCAAGAAGAACUGGCUGAUGGAGCAAUGCUCGAAAUGGGGCGAUGUCAAUGUUUUGAAGCCGGGACCUCAAAUGGAAAAGUUGGGGUCAUCCGUAAACAAGCUCCUCGACGACUGGAAAUCACAGUCAAAUCAAUGCAGAUGAUUGCAUACCAAUCUGAAGAGAGCAACCCUAAGACAUUAAGGUGCAAUUUUGGUCCUUUUCCUACAAUUCUUUUUUGGGCAAUUCUUCAAAGUCAUUAUCAGGUACUUUCGGUUCUGUUUUUCUGGGUGAUGAUAGAUGUCAUAAUAUCGUGGGUACCCAUUUGAUCAUUCAGUCCUCCGUUCCUAUGGCUAGGUCAACUUAUGAGACAGGAAUUGUGGCCGAAGCCCGGACCCUACUUCUGGGCUGUCAAUGAUAAAUUAGUUGUGAACUUGGGUAUAAUAUAUGGAAUGUAUCCUUAGACUGAUCUAGAAAUUGUGUAUGUUGGCUUACUGAACUACAAAAGGUUGUUGUUUCUUGAAAUUCUUGGUCCCUUACAGAUAUGUAUAAAAUCAUGAAUUGCUGUAUAUUACCCAUUCUUUGCAUUAUGGAGAAAGACCUGUAUUGAUAAGUGGGGAUUAAAUGCAAUAGAACACCAUCAGUUGCGGCA